AUGACAGUAGUAGCUGUGGUUUUAUUUUCAAUUUUGGACGUGGUAGCCGCGUUCACAAAUCUAACAGUUCUAUGCAUUAUCCUACCAAGAAAUUACUUGCGAACGGUUAGCAAUUUAUUUCUUGUUGGGUUGACUUCGACCCAACUAUUAAUGACACUGCUUGUUAUACCAUUUUCGAUCGUGACUUUCUCGAAACAGGAGUGGAGUUUCAGCGAUGGUUUUUGCAAGUUCGAGGGCUACUUAACGACUUUUCUAUCCAUUUCGUCGGCGACGUUUAUAUCUGUCAUUUCAGUGGAUAGGUUCUUCUCGCUAGCCAACCCAAUGAGCCAUGCUGGAAACAUCACUGGAAAGCAUGUCAUUUUUGCCUCGCUUUUCAACUGGUUUCAUUCGGCAUUUUGGGCCGCUUUCCCCCUCUUCGGCCUCGAAGGAUUAAACUACAACUACUUCCCAGCGAAAAAUGGCUGUGCUUUCCGAUGGGAUCUCAAGGGAUCAUACCGCAUUUUUUACUACUUUAUAGCAAUGGAAAGUUUCAUCCUUCCUAGCUUCACAAUUUGUUUAAUGUACUUUAAAAGUUUCCAGACCGCGCGAAAGAGCGCAAGGCAAAUUCGCCCAGGAAAUAUCCAAAUACAAGUCUUACAAAACGGAGAAUUCACCACGGUCGCUCAGACUAACUCUUACCAAAGUUGCAAAGCAAACUGUACUUUAACUGUAAUCAUCGGCUCUUUUCUAAUUUCAAGAGGACCGCUCACGAUCUUUAACAUUGUGAACAGCUUUACCGGCGAAGGAUACUUCUCCUCGCUGACGGAGACAACUGUUUCGUUUCUCUUACUUCUUGGCCCUUUGUUAGACUCCUUAGUUUAUUUUUUCCUGAACAGAAAGCUUCGACAGGAGUUAUAUUUAAUUUUACGCAAGUGUUUCAAGAGCAAAAGCGACGGUGAUGAAGAACCGAAGGAUAUCGUUGACUACCUAAGAUCCAUAGCAGAUAAUGUAGAAAAAAGGCACUCGUCGACCGACAUCGAAACCCACGACAUCGAGUAG